UCCAUCCCUCAAACCCCAGAUCGCUGCUUUCGUUAAUUCUUCAGACGACUGAGCAGAGAUCAUGGAUUCUUCAGCUUCUGGGAAGAAGUACGAAAUCAAAGGAGAAGACCCAUCCCCAGAUCGAAAGGGGAGAACAAAGAGACUGGAGUUGAUGCAUCUGUCUUUGACUAUGGUUGUCUCUCUUUAAACAAGAACAAUUUGAGUGUGGCGAGCCCUCUUAAACAAAGAUGUUGAGAUAUUGUUGAUCAAAAAUUGUAUUAGCAAGAUGUAGCCAUCUCAACUAUGAUCAUAUGCUUAGUUUUUGAAGGACAAAUAGUUCUUGAAUUACGCUAUAUAAAGAUUUUUGGCUAAAUCCUGGUCAAGGUGAAGGUGUCAAAGAUCUCAAAGAGAAUUAGCUUUACUUUGGGUGAAUGUGCUGGUGUGUCCUUCCACAGUCUUGACUGGUGUUACUGACAUACCCACAUCCAAGCAGUCAGGUGUGAUCUUGGUAUUUUGAUGAUAGAGACUGUAGUAUUUUGGUCGUGUACAAUACAAGGAUGAUGAAUGGAGAGCAACCAAACUUUGGUUUCCAGUGUAAGAAAAGUAAACAUAUGGCACCAAGUCAUGAUCUAAUCGACGAACUUCCCCCAGAAUGCCUGUUGCAUAUCUUUAGCUUCCUUGAAUCCGCCCGGGAUCAUUGCGCCAGUGCUGCAGUAUGUAGGAAAUGGCUUAAGCUUCUCAUCGAGUUAAUAAUACUCAAAGUUAGAUCAAGCACCUAUGACUUUUCACUUACACUGCCAUUGUGUCGUCGACUGAAAGGGAGCUCAGCUAAUGACAUUACACUUAUUAAUUUAGGUGUGGGAACCUAUCCUCAUCAUCGCUUGACUUCUCUUUAUCUGUGUGAAGGUCCUCUCUUUGCAAUCACUGAUGAUGGCCUAAAGACUAUUGCCCAAUUAAGCCCUAUGCUUACUUCUCUUACACUUCACAGUUGCCAAUCCGUGGGAAAUUUGGGAUUAAAGUCCGUUGCUGAAUUUUGCAAACAGCUUGAAAAGCUAGAGCUGAUAAACUCAUUUAUUGAUGAUCGUGGUAUCCUACCAAUAUCUGAGAAUUGCUUACAUUUGUCCAUACUGAGCCUUGAGCACUGUCCGUGCAUUAGCAACGAAUCACUAAUGGCAUUUGCAAACAAGUCUUUGCAUAUUAGGUGCAUCACAUUAAUAGACUGCCAACUUAUUGGAGAUUCUGGCAUCUUUUCUCUCAUAUCUAGUCAACCAGAGUUGACGAGGAUCAAGCUUAUCUCUAUGAAUGUCGGUGAUGAAGUUCUCAUAGCAAUACAAGAGCAUGCACGGGCUUUAAAGGUGUUUUACUUAGAAAAAGGUUCAUAUCCUAGCGAGAAUCACUACUCAUGGAUCGAAGCAAUCGGUAAACUUGAUGCAGCUAUACCUCGUCCUUUUGCCACUUUUGUAAGAAGGAGCUUGGCCCACUUAAAGAUUUUGGAAAUGAAGGGUCAUGUCUCUUUAAGUGAUGAUUUUUUAUUAGCACUGAGCCGAACAACCAAGUUAGUCCAAAGGUUCAAGCUAAAGAAUUGUCGAGGAUUCACCUCCGGAGGAAUCCUGGCAGCAGUUGCAAACUGGAGCCAGCGCUUAGAGGUAUUAUCAUUGAAGAACUGCAUUGUAGUUGGAAAAAAAGAAGUGACACGAGAACAAGGCUUACAAACCUUCCCAUCACUAAGAACCCUCAAAUUGAUAAAAUGCGAAGGAGUUGAUGACUGUUUCUUGUCUUCAUUAGGGCCAGUGUGCAAGCAAGCAAAGCAUGUUAGCUUGGAUGGUUUAGAAUCUAUCACUGAUCGAGGAUUCCAAGCUCUUGUAAGACAAAACACUGAUCACCGACUUCAGUUUUUGCAUCUAGAUGGCUGUAUAGGAAUUAGUGAUGUGGGAUUAUGUUCAGUGCUAAGAACUUCAGGCAAAAAUAUUGAGUUCUUGAAUGUCGAUCAGUGCACAAGUAUUACUGAUCAGAGUUUGAUGAUGAUAGCGGACAAAUGUUGGAAACUAAAAACUCUUUGUGCAUCCUGCUGCAGAGUUAGCGACAAUGGGGUAUUUUAUGUGACACGUAAUUGUGGGAAAACUACGGAGUUUAUGUCAUUUUCUCGGUGUACGAGGAUCACUAUGAAAAGUGUGAGUUAUAUUGAGGUAAUGAGUACCAGACUUGUGCUUCGUGAACUUAUUGGCUGCCCUCAGAUUGAGGAGAGGGCCUCAGGCUUACUUUGGUGUCGUAGAUAGAUUGGGAGAGAUGCUCAGAUAUGAUUGGUAAAAAUCUAGUUCAUCGAUUGGGAGUACUGUUGGUUUCAGUGGUGCUAGCUCUUUCUUCAUGGCUGGUUUUCUGGAGAUGUCGCCGUUCUCUUUUUGCUGAAGUUUGAUAAUGGUUUUUUUUUUCUUCAUACAAUAGAUGGACAUGCCUUUUGUUCUUCUGUUACUUUGAUUAUGUUGUUGUUGUUGUUGUUGUUGUGUUGCAUUUAUUUGCUUGAUUAAACCCUGUGACUUUGAUAAGGGUAGUGUGCUUUGGACUAUACAUCCUGUUAUCAAUGGUGAACAAGUUGAGCUUCUUUUA